AUGAGUGAUUCAGAACAGCAACAAGAGGCUGAGAAGGAGUCCCAGCCUCAGUGGCCUGAGAAUGGAGGAGAGUGGAGUGAUGAAGAGGAUGGGACCAACAUGGACUGUGGGCUCCUGCAGGCCAUGGCUGAGGAAGAUGAGGCGAUAAACGUCCACAAUGAGGAGACGUUUGGAAUGGAUCUGGAUGCCACAGAGGACCCCAGCGUCGAUGUGCUUCAGUUUGGAGUGCCGCUGCCCCCACCACCUCCACCUCCACCAGACCCCAAACCCUCGCCCCGCAGCAGCCCCCCCUCCCCUCCCAGACAGAGACCACAGUAUUUCUCCCGGGCUCCUCCAGCGCAGCGUGGCAGAUGCAGGGCGCUGAGAGGAGGGCUGGGCAGGGGGCAGAUGUUUGAAGACCCCGCUGUGAUGAGGACAGUGGAGGGGAGACCCAGCAUCAAGACUCUUGACAGUGCCAUAGUGGACCUCGGGAAUACCAUGUAUCAUAAAACCUUUGACGAUGAUUUUAUGUUACCAUCUUCCACAAAGACUAGAAGAAUCUCAGGAUCAAUACUUCAGGACAGUGCUAUCGUGUGUGUGAUUGAUGGUCACAGAGGGAGAGGGCAGCACCUGACCUCCAACUUCCGGGAUGUGCCGUGUCCCGCCUCUUUCUACAGGGGCCGGACAGGGGAGCUCGGAGGAUCUUACUCCAGGAGCCCGUUUGACCUAAGAGGCCCCUCUCAGAUGCAUACGUCCAUGGUAGGAGGAUCACCUAUCUUCUCACGUCAGCCGUUAACCCCACGGCAACAUUACAAUCAGACCGGAGGCUUCAUGCGCUGCCCCGCCACCCCAAAGAUGAUACAACUUCGCUUCGGUGCCAACUCUCCGAGGCCGUCCACCUUUUACAGCCCCUCGUCUAAUCCGGUACAGCAUUUGAGAUACCCCGGUCCCGUCACCAUGCUCCACCCACAACAUAGACGGCUUCUCAGUCAAAAACAACGUAUUUUCCAAAGAAAAACAGAGGACUGGGAUCCUUACUGUAAUCUCAUGACGGCCAAAGAGAAGGAGUGGAUCACCCGGCUGCAGAUGAUCCAGCUGCAGAGUGAGAAUCCGUACCAUGAGGACUACUACUACCAGGAGUACUACCGGCGAAUAGAAGCUAAGAUGGCAGAGGAAGAGCUGGGCAUCAGGAGCAAGAGGGAGCCGCCUAAACUCACCACACCUUACAUCACGAAAACUGAUGUUUACGCACCAGUGGUGCACAUUGAAGGCUCUUUGGGUCAGGUUGCUGUGUCCACAUGUUACUCUCCUCGCCGGGCCAUCAGCGCAGUCAAUGCAGUCAAUGCAGUCCACACUCAGGGCCCGCUCGAGGAACAGAAAGACAUCAAGCAGCAGCGGUUAGAGGUCCUCAGUAAAAUAGAAAAGUUGUUCAUGGUUCUGUUGGAGGUGGAGGAGGCGGAGAGGAUGAAAACCCCUCUCUUGUCUGAAGCAGAAGAAAGGACGAUCAUGGAGAAGUCCCAGGGCAAAGUGGAGCACAUCUACUCCCAGCUGCAACAUCACAGCACCCUAGAUUCAGGAGUGGAGUUUCUUCCUUUCCUGCUGGUCUCAAAAGGCAAAAGGCUCCUCGCCCGUCUGCUCCCGUUCCUGAAAAAUAAUGCUGCUCUGAAAAUCUUGAGCAUAGUGACCUCUAACCUUCCUGCACUGAUGGGCAGAGAUUCAGAAGAGGCCCUUCCAGUGCUCUACCCUCCUCUUCGCAAAGUGAUUGGAGGCCUGGCGUUCAGCCAGCUGAUCGGCGUCCUCAAAGAGCUGACGACAUACGAGUCUCUGACGCUGGCAUGUCAGAACAAGUUUGGACUGUCCUUGCUGUACGCUCUCCUGUCCCAAGGAGAGAAGCUGCUGUCCUCAGGCAUUCCUCUAGAGCCCAGCAUCGGCGACUUUGAGACAUGGACGGACACCAUCUUCCAGGUGGCGGGACAGCUGUCUGAGUCUUCUCUGGUGGAGCCGCUGCUCAUGCCCUCCAACCUGCUGACUCUCUUCUGCCGUUACCUGGACAAGCGCACUGUGCACCAGCUGAAAAGCAACAUGGAGUCUGCUACUGGAUACCUGGCUCUUGCAUCUUAA